CGCAAGUAGUGCUGUUCUUUUGGCGGGAGACCUCAGGUUGAGAAUUGACUCGUGGUUCAAUAAUUUAUGUGAGCAGUAUGUCGUAAUACCAAAUGUCUUGCAUCUGAGUACUUCAACACUGGCUGCACACAGAAUAGAUGACCGCGGACCAGCAAAGUGGAGCCAUUCCUUGUUGGCUGCAUUGAAAUCAUUGACCACCCGUGGAACCUUCUCAGCCUCGCUGCCUCGUUUAACCCCGCAGCUUGGGCCCAGCCCGGCGGCCCCGCCCCGUCCGCCCGUGGGCGCCUGCGCCACGUCCCUCGUGGGGGGCCAGUCCAAUGGACUUGGGGCGAGCCGUGAUCGCUGGAGAGGAUGGCGAAGCGCGAAUCUUGGAUGGGCCGCGGGGUCCUCGUGCGAUGGCGGAAAGAAGGAGGCUUCGGUUUCAUCAAGCCUUCCGAUGGCAGCGGUGACCUCUUUUGUCAUGUCAGUCAGCUGAGACAAGUGGAAGGAAGCAUCAAGGAGGGCGACCGAGUCCGCUACACCGUGACCCAGGAUGGCCUGUCUGGGAAACGCAUGGCUGGAAACGUGGUCUUAGACUUCUCCCGUGGUAGCCGCAGCCGCAGCAGGCGACGACGGAGGUCCAGCAGCAGCAGCCGAAGUAGCAGUCGCAGCAAGAAACGGAAGAGCCGCCGAAGCAAGAGCCGUCGAAGGCGGAAAGAUAGGAGUAGCUCUGACAGCUCCAAGAAAGAGAAGGAAGAAGCUGAGGGAAAGGAAGAGAAAAAGGAGAAGGAGAAAGAGAAUGAGAAGGAGAAGCACAAGGAGAAGGAGAAACAUGACGAGAAGGACAAGCAAAAAGAGAAGGACAAGGAAAAGAAAGAGAAGAAAAAGAAAGACAAGGAGAAGGAGGAAAAGGAGGAGAAGAAGAAAGACAAGGAGAAAGAUAAGUCUAAAAAGGACAAAGAGAAGAAGAAGAAGGACGGCUGCAACAGGCAGUUUCUUGUUCUCAAUGAACACAGGUGCUUCAUGGCGUGCAGGAGUGAACUUCAGCGAAGGAGUCGCCUUUGCAACAAGUGCUCUAUUGUGAAUUGUAAAUGAGCUCUGAUUGAACCUGUGGCACCGAUCAACCCGAUACAAAUCAUCGAACAUGUAUGCAGGAGACGAGAAGCCUCACCAAAGGGUGCCGUAUUCAUAGUCACGGCAACCAGUGAAGAAAUAGAAGUACAAACCAAUCGUCAACUGUGCUGGUGCUUGUGAAGUGGUGAGCCCUGGCCAUUUUACAACAAGGAAGAAUGAGGGAAAUGCCAAAGACAUGUAUUGGUUCAAGCGGAUCUGGAAGCCCUGCUAUCCUAGUGAAUAUCAACAAGAGCAGACCACCCGCAGAAUGACCACGUUCGACUCCCCUUGAGUGGUGGCGUGGAAAAGGCA